AAAAUACUCCGUAUUUGAUUAAUGCGUUAUACCAAGUCUGAAAUUCUGAAUCGUGUAAGGUAGAAGAAGAAUAUUCAAAUGAAAGAUUCAGGUUAUUUGUUUCCACGUACUGUAAAUCUCACCUCAGAAAGAUGGAAGAAAGCAAAAAAGUACGGUGUCCUGAUGGAGGGCUCGAGGAUCGCUUAGUAAUGUCUGGCAGCAUGGCGAACCUCACGGACGCGACAUCCCUGCAGCAGUUCGAGGAAUUAUUAAAAAAUAACAGCAAGUCCCUCACCGUUGUCCAUUUCCAUGCAGCAUGGGCUCCGCAGUGUUCGCAGAUGAACGAUGUGAUGGCAGAAUUAGCCAAAGAGCACAAACACACCAUGUUUGUGAAGCUGGAGGCAGAGGCAGUCCCGGAGGUUUCUGAGAAGUAUGAGAUCACUUCAGUUCCCACCUUCCUCUUCUUCAAGGGCGGUGAGAAGAUUGACAGGUUGGAUGGUGCGCAUGCCCCUGAGCUGACCAAUAAGGUGCAGCGGCUGGGGUCCGGUGGGGGCGGGGCUGCCAGGGCGGGGGACGUCCGUAAAGAGGAUCUCAACGAGAGACUGAAGAGGCUGAUCAACGCCGCACCCUGCAUGCUCUUCAUGAAGGGAUCGCCCCAGGAGCCUCGCUGUGGUUUUAGUCGUCAGAUUGUUCAGAUUUUGAAGGACCACGAUGUACAGUACAGCAGUUUUGACAUCCUCUCAGAUGAAGAGGUCAGACAGGGACUCAAGACCUACUCCAACUGGCCCACUUUUCCCCAAGUGUACGUCAACGGAGAGCUCAUCGGAGGACUUGACAUCGUAAAGGAGCUGGUCGAGUCUGGUGAACUUGAGAAUACUUUCCCCAAGACCGUCUCACUGGAAAGCAGGCUGAAAACUCUAAUCAAUAAAUCACCCAUCAUGCUCUUCAUGAAAGGCAAUAAAGAGACUGCCAAAUGUGGAUUCAGCCGUCAGAUACUUGAAAUAAUGAACAGCACGGGAGUUGAAUACAAUACGUUUGACAUAUUAGAAGAUGAAGAGGUUAGGCAAGGACUCAAGACAUACUCCAACUGGCCGACGUUCCCACAGCUGUACGUUAAAGGGGAUCUGAUCGGAGGACUGGACAUAGUCAAGGAGCUGAAAGAGAAUGGUGAGCUGACAUCUGUGUUGAAAGGAGAAAACUAAACCACUUCAGCACUGAAGAACAUGUGGAUCACAUCGCUGAUAUGCCUGUAACCUGCUCAGUUAACUUCAGGAAUGGAGGACUCGAAUUAGACUUAUUCCAUCCAAGUUAGCAUUUUAUUAGGAAAUUACUAAUUUUCAAAUUCAAUGUUGGUCCUAUGAUAUAAAUCCAAGAAAGCUAAAUGUGUUCUAAUUUGUUUUUGUUGCAUUGACAUAUUUUAGAUCUUGUUCAUACCUGGUAUUUUACAUCAGUCUCUGGUAAUCUGAUUACAAGUGGUCAAUCAAGAGUUUAAAAUGUACACUGGGUAUUGAUGUGUCUUAAAUAUGUCUGCUGUGACCAAAAAUUUUUGCCCAAUCAAAUAUUUUAGAAUGAGAAUGUCCAUCCCAUUGCAGCCAAUUUCAAUAAAUAUGACAUUGGACAAAAUAUAAGACUUA